CCCUUUCUCUCUCACUCUCUGCCUUUGUUUUCUUUAUUUUCCUUCCUUUCCUCUCCACAAACUUUCACUUUUCUCUUAACCUCAAGAAGAAAGAAAGAAGAGACUCUCCUCUUCAAUUCCACAUUCUCCUUCGCCGGAAAAAGCUUCCCCUAACUCAAGAAACCCACUAAAAAUGGAGCUAAAAAGUCAGUAAAACGGAGACGUUUCGGUGAAACAAUGCAUAAAGUUUCGAUUUUUACAAUCCUCUUGGUGUCGGUGGUGUUGGGUUUUCAAUCUCCGGUGAGAUCUCUAGACCCGCCGCUAAACGACGACGUUUUGGGUCUCAUUGCCUUCAAAUCCGACCUGCGAGAUCCAGACAAAAAGCUUGAAUCUUGGAACGAAGAUGACUACACUCCUUGCACAUGGAACGGAGUCAAGUGCCAUCCUCGGACAAAUCGUGUCACUGAGUUAAACUUAGACGGUUUCUCUCUCUCUGGUCGGAUAGGCCGUGGUCUGCUCCAGCUCCAGUCUCUUCACAAGCUCUCUCUCUCCAACAACAACCUAACCGGAGUCAUUAACCCUAAUCUGAUUUCUAGUCUUGUGAAUCUCAAAGUUGUUGACUUGAGUGGUAAUGGGCUUUCCGGCCCACUUCCUGAUGGGUUUUUCCGGCAAUGUGGGUCGUUAAGAGCGUUUUCUGUGGCGAGGAAUAGGCUUAGUGGGAAGAUACCGGGUAGUGUUGGGUUGUGUUCUUCUCUUGGGUCUUUGAACUUGUCUUGGAAUGGGUUUUCUGGUUUGGUGCCGUUGGGGGUUUGGGGUUUGAACACUCUUAGGUCACUUGAUUUGUCUAGGAAUGAGUUGGAGGGAGAGUUUGGUGGGAUGAAGAUAGGGAGGUUGAAGAAUUUGAGAGCUAUUGAUUUGAGUAGGAAUAAGUUGUCUGGUUCUAUUCCUGGAGAGAUUGGGAGCUGUUUGUUGUUGAAGAGUGUUGAUCUUAGUGAGAAUGAUUUGUCAGGGAACUUGCCUGACACGUUUCAGCAGCUGAGUUUGUGUUAUUAUUUGAAUUUGGGAGGGAAUUUGCUGGAAGGUGAGGUUCCUGAGUGGAUUGGUGAGAUGAGGAGUCUUGAGAGUUUGGAUCUUUCAAUGAAUAAAUUCUCAGGGGAGGUUCCAGGGUCUAUUGGUGAUCUGAUGCGGUUGAAGGUUUUGAAUUUUUCUGGUAAUGGGUUUAAUGGUAGCUUGCCUGAGUCUACAGGGAAGUGUGUUAACCUCAUGGCUUUGGAUGUUAGUGGGAAUUCACUAACCGGGAAGCUUCCGGUUUGGUUGUUUCAAGAUGUGAAGAAUGAUAGUGUCAAGAAGAUUCAGGUUUUGGAUUUGUCAAGGAACUCUUUCUCUGGUGUGAUUGGAGGUGGUUUUGGAGAUCUUAGAGACUUGCAGGGUUUGAAUCUUUCGAGAAACUCUCUUACUGGGCCUAUCCCUAGUUCCAUUGGAGACCUGAAGCAUUUGAGCGUCUUGGAUUUGAGUCAUAAUCAGCUUAAUGGAACAGUUCCUAGAGAAACCGGUGGAGCUGUUUCAUUAAAAGAGUUGAGACUUGGAAACAACAUGUUGGAAGGAACUAUCCCACCUUCUAUCAAGAACUGUAGUUCACUUCAGUCUUUGAUCCUGUCACAUAACAAACUUAUAGGCGCAAUUCCACCAGAGAUGGCAAGACUUACAAACCUCCAAGAAGUGGACUUAUCAUUCAAUGAACUAACCGGGACGCUUCCCAAACAGUUAGCUAAUCUCGGUUACCUUCACACCUUCAACAUAUCUCACAACCAUCUCUCUGGAGAGCUACCUGCAGGUGGACUCUUCAACGGUAUCUCCGCUGAUUCAGUAUCAGGAAACCGAGGAAUCUGUGGUGCUGUUGUCAACAUAUCAUGUCCUGCUGUCUCACCUAAACCAAUUGUCUUGAAUCCCAAUGCAACUUUUGAUCCUGAUUCUGGUGAAUCAACAACGCCUCUUGGUGCUGCUGGUCACAAAAGAAUACUCCUUAGUAUAUCUUCCUUAAUAGCCAUUAGUGCUGCUGCAGCCAUUGUGGUUGGUGUGAUAGCCAUCACGGUACUUAACCUGAGAGUGAGAGCCACCACGGUGUCAAGAUCAGCUGUACCAAUCACUUUCUCCGGAGGAGAUGACUUCAGCAGAUCUCCUACCACUGAUAGCAACUCAGGGAAGCUUGUUAUGUUCUCCGGUGAACCUGAUUUCAGCACAGGAACACAUGCUCUCCUCAACAAAGACUGUGAGCUAGGUCGAGGCGGGUUUGGAGCAGUGUACAGAACAGUUAUCAGAGAUGAGUAUCCUGUAGCUAUCAAGAAGCUUACUGUCUCAAGCCUUGUGAAGUCACAAGAAGAGUUCGAGAGAGAGGUCAAGAAACUUGGGAAGCUCAGGCACACUAAUCUUGUUAAACUCGAAGGUUAUUACUGGACAACGUCUCUUCAGCUUCUUAUCUACGAGUUCCUCUCUGGUGGGAGUUUAUACAAACACUUACACGAAGCACCUGGAGGUGGUAGCAGUUCCCUUUCAUGGAAUGAUCGGUUCAAUGUUAUCCUCGGUACAGCCAAAUGCUUAGCUUACUUGCACCAGUCAAACAUCAUCCACUACAACAUCAAAUCAAGCAACGUGUUGCUAGACAGCAAUGGUGAGCCUAAAGUGGGAGAUUACGGGUUGGCCAGGCUGUUACCUAUGCUAGACAGGUAUGUUCUUAGCAGCAAGAUACAGAGUGCGUUGGGAUACAUGGCUCCAGAGUUUGCUUGCAGAACGGUGAAGAUAACUGAGAAAUGCGAUGUGUAUGGGUUUGGAGUGUUGGUUCUUGAAGUGGUUACAGGUAAGAAGCCUGUGGAGUAUAUGGAAGAUGAUGUUGUGGUUCUGUGUGAUAUGGUGAGAGAGGCUCUUGAAGAUGGGAGAGCAGAGGAAUGUAUUGAUCUGAGGCUGCAGGGGAAGUUUCCUGUGGAGGAAGCUGUUGCAGUGAUAAAGCUAGGGCUGAUUUGCACAUCUCAGGUUCCUUCGAGUAGACCACAUAUGGGAGAAGCUGUUAACAUAUUGAGAAUGAUCAGGUGCCCUUCAGGAAGCUCAGAUGAGUUGGGUUCUAGUUGAAAAUUUAUUUUAAAAUUAAGCUAACAUGUUUUGUAAGAGAAAGAUCCUUUGUGUUUGUGUGUGUUUUGUCUGUUGUUUUUUGGUAAGCAGUUGUGUGUUUUCUUAUGUAUGUUAGCUUCUUAUGUUUAUUUGUUGUUCUUUAUAACAAUUUAGGUUUUCAAUCGGGUUUGUCUUCAUUGUUUGGGACUCUUUUGAUUGAAAAGUUAAAUUAUUUAAAGGAAACAAAGCUUGUGGUCUUUUCAUUUCAAGUUUUACUUUCUAUUACCAUUUACUUGUG